AUGGUUACCUCCUAUGCAGACUAUGCUGACGACUCAGCAGUGCUGGCUUACGUCCUAAAAGAUGCUACAUUCCUGCUGCACAGCAUUGAAAGAACAGCAAAGGAGAUAGGGCUCUACCUCAAUGCAGAUAAAACAGAGUUCAUCUGCUUCAAUCAAGAUGCGUCAGAAGGGGAUGAAGAGUCUCAAUGUCGUCAGUUGCCAAAUCAGUUUCAAUAUGGCGGACGAGCAAGUUUGAACAUGGCCACAGAAUCGACCUCAAAAACGGAGAAGCAAGAUAUUUUCAAGGACGUCAGAUUCUUCCUAGCUGAGGAAAGCAAUGAAGAGGUGAAACAAGUCUUGAAGUCAGGCGGAGCAGCUCGUGAGUUUUACAUCAGUGAUCUUGUGACUCAUGUUAUCUCCACGGAUACCAAUUUUCCUCAGUAUAGUGAAGCCAAGGAUUGUAACUUGACAAUUGUUCAGCCAAAUUGGGUCUUUUUGAGUGCAAGGUGUGAGAUGCUGUUGCCAUGUGGAGCCUUUCAACCAGAAUCAGAACAACUUUUCAGGGGGAUUGUUGUUUGCCCUUCUCAGAUUCCAGUAAAUGACAGAGAUGCAUUGUGGGCCAUGGUAACAUACUAUGGAGGCCAAUGCCAGCUGAAUCUCAACUCUAACUGCACUCAUCUGGUGAUUCCUCUUCCAUCAGGUCCAAAAUACGAAUGUUCUUUGAAGCAUCCUGAGCACAUUAAGAUUGUCACUCCCAGCUGGAUUGUGGACAGCAUAAAGGCAAAGAAGAGGCUUGAUGAAGUGAAUUACAAACCUUUAAAAGCAGAGACCAAACCAGAAACUGAAGCAACAAGCUCCCUUCUUACACCAGAUGAUAACGACAGAACAACUGCAACACCUUUACCAAUUACUGUUCCUCUGGUUGAACCAACAACUCCUUCUACACCAGUAAUGGAUGGUCCAAAGGUGGCCAUUUCCUUGCCGUCAGCUCUGAUGAGUCCUGAGUCUCCUGUGGUUAUGACUUCCUCUGAAGCCAUAAACACCAAAACAACAACUUUACAAAGUCAGUCAAGUUUAGCAGUUUCUGCAGCAGAAGUGGAGAAAACUACAGACAAAAACAUCGCUACUACACCACAAGAAAAGGAAGAUAUAGAACCAAAACCUGUUUCUGAUGUAUUGAGUAGUGGCAUUAAAAUUGUCGAAAAUAACAAUGAGGAAAUUGUGGAGGAUGAAAAAGAAAAUAAAGAACAAAGCAAUUUACUGAGUGAAGGAAAGUCAAUAGAGAAUGAAGAAUCCAAUUGUUUGGCUGGCUGUAUUUUCGUAAUAGCAGAUUAUCCAGACCGCAUGGAACAUGCUAUUCUUAAUACAUGGAUUGAGGUAAUACAACAACAUGGGGGCAAAGUUAGCCAUUUCUAUUCAAAACAAUCAACACAUUUGCUUUGUCUCAAUCAGCAUGGAGAUCUUUAUCAAAAGGCAAUUUCAGAUGGAAAACGGAUAAUCACAGCACACUGGUUGAAUGAUGUGCUGACAGAAAAAGUGAUGUUUCCACCAUCAAAUCCACUUCAUCUUCCUUUGCCAUUCAAAGAUAAAGUAAACCAGUGCAGGAGUAUGGUCAUCACAGUUACUGGAUAUACAGGCACUGAGAGAACACUAUUGAAGAACAUGAUAUAUGUUAUUGGUGCAAAAUACACCGGCUACUUAACUCGUGUUAACACACAUAUUAUCUGUAAGAGCCCAACAGGAGAAAAAUACACCAAGGCAAAAGAGUGGGGAGUACAAUGUGUGAAUGCAAAGUGGCUUGGUGACAUUGUUACAACUGGCUUUCCAUCUCCAUGUAACCUUGUGAGGUACUCAACCCUGGGUGAGCCAGAUGAACUAGAGAUAACUAAAGAUCUACUGGUCAGAGAGCUUAUAAUUCCCUGGCAGUCAUGUGAAGGUUCAAGUGCACUCGAGAUGACUGUUGGUGGUGGAAAACGGAAAUUUGGAGAACAGAGCACUCCUGAAAAUGGUCAGCUGAGGAAAGUAAGACGAACAUCAAGUCCUGCCAGUGCUGAAAAACCGGAAGGGCCCAGAGUUCUUUUUACUGGCAUUAUACCAUCAGAUGUAUCAAGAUUAACUGAGAUAAUCACUAGUCUUGGAGGAGUUGUGGUCACCUCAGUGAAGGAAUGCACUCACCUUAUAACAAGAAAGAUUAUUCGAACAGUAAAAUUCCUGUGCGCAAUCUCUAUCGCGAAGUACGUUGUGACUCCGGAUUGGAUUGAGAAGAGUCAGCAGUCCACGACAUUUCUUGACCCAAGUGAAUUCACAGUGAAAGACAACUUCUCCGAGGACAUGUAUGACAUGGAUUUGAAAACAUCACUUCAGAGAGCAAGAACGCGGCCACUUUUAAAGGAUAUCAUGGUGUAUGUGACGCAAAGUGUCGAGCCAAGCCCAUCGUCCAUGAAGGAGAUUAUCCAGAGUGCAGGUGGACAGGUGUUGACGAGUGUCCCAUCUCAACAGCACCUAGCAGAGCUUAAACGCAAGGCUAUUGAUCAGGGAUCACCCGUGUUACUGGUUAUUAGUUGCGACAAAGAUGGCCUGCUGUGUUCAGAAUUUCUCAAGAAAGGAUUUGACAUACACAAUGCUGAACUAAUCUUGUCAGGUGUAUUGAAGCAGCAAUUGGAUCUCGACUUAUAUAAACUUGAAAUAACUUUGGAGUGACAGCAUGUUACAGAUGGAAACGUUUCGCCCCUCACGAAUUUAAAUUUUAGUUAGAUUUAAUCAAUAUUUUUCACCCAGUGUUAUCUGGCUUUUUAUCACGAUAUUGAUGAUAUGUUCGAGUAGCUACGAAAUGUUAUCAGCUUUGAAGAUACAAAAAUCUUCACCAAAUUCCCACUGCCUCCUUUGAAAAAUUCCUCGUUAUCUGUUUAGAAUUUAUCCUUUGUGCAGGAUUUCAAUGACAGACUCAUGUAAAUAAGACUCUUCCUCGUAGUAUUCGAAAGCAAAAGUGUCAGGUUUUUAUUUCACUAAUAUAUGGUACCUUACAUGAUAUAUAUAUGUUAUAUUAGUAUACGAAACGUGAUACACAUUAAACCCUUUUUAA